CUCCUCACGAGAAGGGGCAAUGGCUCCUCCAUGUCGCAAAUCGUGCGGACGUAGGCAUGUCUCCUACCUCUCGAGGAACUAGACCUCGUAGUCAUUUGGCGUAGCAAUCCGAUUAUUAAGGGGCAUACCGAUACCGCAACAAAAUUCUUAUUUAAUUCCUAGCUUGCAACUCAGUCCCUGAUCAAGAGAAGACAUGAUGUGAAACCUUACCUGUUCUGUUCUUCACCAGAUCUCCAAUCAUUCCAAGUCCGCUCGCUGCCCGGUAUCGGGCCCAACUCAAUCCAUCAUGGCGGCCCUCCUCAUACUCACCUCCCUCCUCAUAACGACCUUAUUCCCUCACCUCUCCUCCGCAUCCCCGGUCAAUGGCAUCGCCAGCACCAACACCGUCAACCUCAACCUCAACCAAACCCUCCAACUUGAACCCUGGCAAAUCACCCGCCUCUCAACCUUCUCCCCGUCCCUGCGCCCCGGCAGCUAUCCCUAUUCAUACCUCUCCCUGGCCAUCUCAAACCCAAACACCAUCAACCUCGGCCCAACCAUCUUCGGCGACGCAAUCCUCCCCCCGACAAACACGACCUGCCUCGUCUGGUGGCUCGACAACGUCGAGGACCCGCGCGACGCGGCCUGGGGAGUCAACACGUGCAGCAACAGCGCCGGCGGGCUGCUGACAAACAAGUGGACUGUGCAGAUGCUACACCCUCCUCCUCCUGCUGGUAACAGUAGCAGUGGUAGCGGGAGUAGUCGGGUGACGAUGGAUUUUGUCCUCCGGUUUGGCCUUUCCGAGGCGGUGGUGCUGGAGAAUGGGGGGAUUAUGGAGCUUAGGUUUGAGGGCGAGGCGGCUUUCAAGGUUGGGAGGGGGGAGGAGGGGGGGAAUAUGGACGGGGUUUGUGGCGGGAGUGGGAUAUGUAGUUGGGGCUUGAAGGAAGGGCUCGCGCCGGUGAUGGUCAAGCAGAGGUUGGUUGAGAAGAGGUGUCGGGCGUGGGACUGUGGACUGUGA